UAUUGCUGUGCUCACUGCCUGCUCAGUCCUGACUGGCACUACCAGCACCAUUCAUCCGCUAGCAUCCUACUCAUCUAUUAAUCCUGGAAUUAUUUUAUAGCACCGCCACCCCAUCAGGAGCAGCAAACUCAGGGAUCUUGGAGUGGAGGAUGCAUUUUACGCUCAGGAUCCUGUUUAACUGGACAGUUGCAUAAAGAAGCCUCCAUAUUUGUCCUGCACUUUGUGUGCACAAGAUGAGAGUGGAUAUCCCAAACCUAACAUGCAAAAAGCCAUCGCAGUGACCAAAGGCUUGAGGAUGCCUGCCUGCAACGAUUUUGUUGAACAUAUUUGGAAACCUGGAUUCUGUAAAAAUUGCUUUCACCCAAAGAGUGAUCACCGAAAACAUCAAGCACCCUCCGAUGGAAAAGUCGGAAACUUGCCAGUCCUGCCAAGUCUUAAUGGGAUUAGGAUCAAGCAGGAGAACACAAACCAAGAUGAUGACAUUGUAAUUGCUGCUUUGUACUCAAAGCCCACCAUAGCAGUGAAGCCGACUAUGAUUACAUCAGAGACUGCUGAGGAGUGGGCAGAACUGAACCACACUGAGACCCUCACUCAGGUUAGUUGGAAAUCUGGGGACAUUUCGGGAAAUAUUCUGGAUAAGAUUACAAAGCCUUUCACCCCUAAUUUCACCUCUUCCAAUGAAAUACCCACAUAUAUCUUCAAUGGAUUGUCAACUCACGAUAAGAAGACUGAGAUUAAUGCAGUGCAAAAUUUGACUUACGUGAGUCAUUUUGGUGGUCAGGUUGACAAAGCUGUGUUUCUUAAGGAAAAGGUGUCUGAACCUGCAGAACAAUGUAGUCUCUUUUCAAAGCAAAAUAAAGAUGGAGACAUUAAGAAGCCAAACUACUUCCAAGCAGAACCUGCAGUAUUAUCAUCGAAGAUCAGAAGUGUUUAUAACUCAGGAACCCAAUCUGUAGCGGACAGGCUAUCUCCAAAUGGAAGUCUUCAUUCUAAAGACAAAACUGAUCCAAGAUUGUGCAACCAAACAAGGUCUGCAAAUGAUAGCAAGCCAUGCCAUAACUCAGAACAAGCUUCUAGUAAGAGCAUGUUUUUUAGCCGAAUGAAAGUUUCACUUCAUUCUGAGUCACAUAACCUCUCAUGUGUUGGUAUAAAGGACAGCCCUCUUGCAUCUCCAACUAUUGCAGAUUCCCAGACUGAGUUUCAGUCCUCUGUAUCGCCAGUUGACGGAAGGGACAAUGAACCAAUUUAUGCUGAAAGUACUAAAAGAAAAGGUUUUGCGAGCAAGGGGACUAAAACAGUAAUGCAAACAGAGAAAGUUCAUUCUAAGCAGGAGGAGAAUGGCACCAUAGAGAACCAGUGUUCUGUGGGCAUUGAGAGGGUAUUACAGGAGUCUACAACACACGUGGCAGCUAGGAUAACCGUCAUGGCUGCCCACACAGAAGAAGACAACAGAACGAUUUACUUGAGCAGCCCUGAUUCUGCAGUUGGAGUUGAAUGGUCAUGCAGUAGCCCCUCAUCUGUAGAGAAUUUGAGUCUCUCACCUACUUUUCUUUGGGGAGAAAGGAACCAUGGAAAAGGUAUUGAUGGCAAUAAAAAGUACCAGGCCUCAUUAUCACAGAAAUUCCAAAGCAGCUCCAGUCUGGUAGUGCCAGCUAAAACUACCAAAUUUGAGGAUUUUUCUACUUCCAAGUUAUCAUCCCCAAUGCACACCAUUGGGAUGUUAUCUUCAAUACCCCAUAAAAAGGAACCCUUGGUGCUGAAUGACAGAUGUCUAACUGGAGACCGCAGGCAGAGAAUCACACAGGCAGCAUGGAAUCGACAGUGUAGGAUUGAUGAAGAAGAAGAGGAGGAGACGUCACCUGUUUCCUCACAGCCACGACCAAGUGGACAGCCCCAUGCUUCCAGCUAUAUUGCUGAAGAAAGAGACACUAUGGAUGUACCCAGAGGUCAAAAAGGCAUGAGUAAGUCUGUCUCCUGUCCUGUUGAACUCUCUAAAGCAAGUAAUGGUGUUGAAGACUCCUCUGCACCACCACCACCUCCUCCACCAAAAAAACAGCCCAGGCAAUUUAAAAUGAACAAGAGUAGCUGUGAACUGGAGAAUAUAAGUCUUGGAUCUGUGGAGAGUCUUGGAGAAUCAUUUAAGGCAACAAACGUCAGUAACUCAAAUGUGAACAUCAAUGUCAGCUUCAGUACUGGUUCUAUGGACAGCUUGGACUCCAGGACAUGCAGUGAAGGAGGUCAGUCAUGUGAAGCCGUCACGUCUCCAAGUCUUUCAUCUGGCACAGAGAAAAAGCAUUUUGCCCAAGUUUCAUUUUCUGUGGACUCUGGAAUGGAGGCUCAGAAUGGACUGCCGCCUCCAUUGCCUGUAAAGAAGUCAAUGAACAGGGCUGUGUCAGCACCAGAUAACUCUGCAUGGGGUCGGGCUUUCCCACCAAGAACUGGAUCCAAUCCAAAUAGUCCAAGGCUUAAUCUUAGUCAGUCAGAAAACAAUGUCUGUGGAGAAGAACCCACACUACUCAGCCAUCCUUUAAGUCCAGUCGACAGACAUGCCAUGUUUUCUUCAUCAGAGUCCUUGGAGAUCUGCUGUAGAGGCAAUGGUCACAGAAAUGAGGUUAGGAGCAGAAAUUGUCUACAAAGCCGGGGAACACCAGCCAUGUCCGUGUCACAGCUUAGCGUUUCAAGUCAUAUUUCCUCUGCUUCAAGUCUUCAGCUCCACCACCUUCUUAGCAACAUAGACAGUAAAGAGGGGAUGUAUGCCAAACUCAGUGGGCUUUAUGCGCAAUCCACAAGACGUUUAAUGAACAAAUGUGAGGAUUACUUUAUGCGGGACCAAAAGAAGGAACUGCAUUUCAAUGAAAAUAACUGGUCGCUCUUUAAGCUGACAAGCAACAAGCCUUGCUGCAAUGCUGGAGAUGCCAUCUAUUACUGUGCGACAUGUGCUAAGGACCCUGUGAAUAACUAUGCUGUGAAGUUAUGUAGAACAGUCGACACAAAAACCCCUAUUUACUCCAACCUUUCUUUACCGGUCCACUUCAACAUACAGCAAGAUUGUGGGCACUUUUUGGCUUCUGUACCUUCAAGCUUGUUACAUCCCUUGGAAACAUCAACAAAUGAGAUAUCACAGACAGUUGGCCCAUCCUCUGAGGAAGAUUGUGUGGUGGUUAUAACUCGAGAGGUGCCUUACCGUACAGCUGCAGACUUUGUCAAGGAGUCCUCAUCGUUUCAUAAUACUCAGCCAGAAAUUUAUGAGCGGCAAGUCUGCCUACUUCUAUUACAGCUUUGCAAUGGCUUGGAGCACUUAAAGGAGCAUGCCAUCAUCCACCGAGACCUUUGUUUGGAAAAUCUGCUUCUUGUUCACUUCCAGACCACACCUGAUAAGAUUAAAGAUGGAAAGUAUGUUCCAAGACUUAUUGUGAGCAACUUCUCAAAAGCCAAACAGAGACCUGGGUCUGAAGACUGCAAAGUAAAAAGGGAUAAGACCAGACUGGCACCAGAAAUCAUGGUUGCCUCCCAGUAUAAAAAAUUUGAUGAGUUCCAGACAGGGAUCCUUAUUUAUGAAUUACUCCACCAACAAAACCCAUUUGAGGCCCGUUCAAGUCUUCAUGAGCAUGAGUACAGUCAUAAAGACUUGCCCCCACUCCAGAACUUAUCGGUUUAUUCUCGUGGCCUCCAACAUCUUGCCCACUUACUUUUGGAGGCUGAUCCCAUUAAACGCAUUCGUAUUUCUGAAGCAAAGCGCAUUCUUCAGUGUCUUUUAUGGGGUCCAAGAAAAGACUUAACAGAUCAACCUUUUAGCCAUGAAGAGGCAUUACACUGUGCCCUUCAGAACUGGAUUGACAUGAAGCGAGCCCUUCUCAUGAUGAAGUUUGCAGAGCGUGCUUUAGAGCCGGAACAUAACGUUUCUCUAGAGGACUGGCUAUGCUGCCAGUAUUUGGCAUCUGCAGAUCCUUGCUACCUUUAUAAAACACUGAAACUUAUCAAACUCAUUACAUGAGUAGUUAUGGCUUUUGGGUCUUGAAGAUCAUUGUAGAGCAAUUCACUACAAGACCUUAAAUCAGCCACGAGGUUGAUGGUUUCAACUGGUCUUAAACAUUCAAUGGACCUGUCCAUUCUCAAGUAAAGACAUGUUGUGGGUUGCAUUGAAUGGAAAAGGUCUAUCACAUUACUCACACUGGGAACACUAUUAUACCACAUUACAACAAUGCUGUGAAUUUUUUUAUGCAAAUAUAUUUUUAUAAGGCUUGGCAACAAACCCAUUACCAUAGAGGCACAUGGUGGUGACUUGAAUCCACCUAGAUGUCAUUUUCUUCACAACAUUUACCCAAUAGUCUGUUAACCUUGGAUCUGUGCAUACAGUAUUGAAUCCCAAAUCUUUGCAUUAAAACAUAGGUUCUUUGUAAGAUUUCCUGUAAGUUAUUUAGUUAAAAAUGCCCCUUUCCAGAGAAUUUUUGCCCAAACUUUUGUACUUUUUGUAAAAUGUUUAUUAUUUAAACUUUCCAUGACAUGGUUCCUGGUAUACACUAGGCAUUGUUAUUAUCAUUCUAAAGGAAAUCCCUCCCAAAGCACUCUGAACUGUGCUUGAAUAUAGCAUUAGUAUGUAUAGGAAUGUGCACUAAAACAAGGCUGUGGUCUCCAGAAUGGUUCAGUCUGCACUUUUUACUUCGCACAGUACAUGAAUCUGUGGAGAUUUAUAGAUGACAUGAAUAUAGUUGCCACAAUCAGAAUAGAAAGGUUAAUUUUAUAAGGCAGGUUGGUAAAUGUAAAUCUCCCACAUUUAUAUGUGAAGGGUUAUGUCUCUGUGCUAAAAAUCAUUUAAAGCUGACUAUACACUUGAGAUAGAAAAAAUUGGUAAAUUUGAUGACUUCCCUCCAGAUCAAUCUACGGUUUCAUGGGUAUUGGGGCCUGUUGACUUUUGUGGGAAAAAGAGGUUUUUGGCAUUAAGGAUUACAAAAUGCCUGAACUUUGGUUCCUAGAGGAGAUAUACCACUGGUAGUUGCCACUCUGCAUUGAAAUAAACAACUUCAUAGAGAAAUAGCUGUUGACCAGUCAACCUCCAGGGAACAUCCACAUGUAGCAAAUACAAUGCAAAUUUUCUGCUUGGAAUACCUGCAGUUUUUUCAGUGGAAGUGAAGUAGAUGAUAUUUUAAGAAAUCUCGGCCACAUCCUGCUGAAAAAGAUCUGCACAGAUUUCUUGAGGAAGUUGGCCCAUGGCAUGGAUUUUCUUCAUUGAUAUCAAUAGGGAAGUAGAAAGCGGCUAGAAAAUGUUAUGUUGAAGAUUAUGCUGUGGAAAGUGCAAAUUUGAGACAAAUUCCCAAUUGCGGAUUCUGAUGCAAAGCGCUUUUCUCCGUUUUUUCCCCUAUUAACAUAAUCUGCACCAAAAUCCACACCAAAAUCUGCACUAUUUUGUACGGAUUUGCCACUGCAAAGUUUCUGCUGUGGAAAAUAUGCAGCACUUCCAUCCCAUGUGGACAAGCCCCCAAGUAUAUGGCCGGCUUAAAGGGGUACUCCGGUGAAAUACAAUUAUUUUUUUUUUUAAAUCAACUGGUGCCAGAAAGUUAAACAGACUUG